ACGCUUUUUGACAUAUAUACGCCCAGUUACAUAUAUUUUUUAACGGUAAUUUUUGUUGUUUUGCAUUUAAAUAACCGUAUAGUUUGUUUGUGUGUUUUUUGUAAGUAUCCCUGACAACUCAAGUGUUCUGCAAAGACAUAUCCGUACCUUUAAAACAACAUCUUCCUCCAGUGACUGUCAUAACAAAAUUUAUCCUUGGUGUUUUCACAUCCGUUCCCCCACAGAUUUUAUUUCGUUUACUAAAAGCGCCAAGAAAGAAGAAAGGUUCGCCCUCGUUACUUGAUACGCUGUUUUUGCAGUAGACUUGUACCAAAAUUAUGAAAAAUAAUCCCAGCAGCAUAAAAGGACUCUGGCUGGCACUUGUCUUGCUUUGUUGGGGUAGUCUUUUCGUUUCAAGCGAAUUGACUUUUCUAAAUGGAAAACACCUGACCGUGGGGUCACAGAUUUCAGAUGUCCACGUCUUUUGGAUGAGAAACGUUUCUGGUCAUAAUGUCAAAAUUGGCGGUGUUGCUGGUGAGGCACUUGACGCACUAUCUCUGCGCUACAACUUCACAUACUCGAUUCUACAGGUGAAUGACAGUCGAUUAGAAAAGCAAAGUAAUAAUCUACCAGGACUUGCUCAUUACAUGGCAACGGGAAAAUGCGACCUGGUUAUUGGACCUAUAAUUAUGACUCCUAGUCGUUUAGCCAUCAUGGACUUGGCGGAAGGUUACAUGUAUACUUCCGUCGCUCUUCUUAUUCCCAUGCCGAAACCUACAGACAAUGCGAAGUCUUUAGUCAAGCCUUUUCAGUUAUCGAUCUGGAUCGGAUUAUUGAUUGCAAUGCCCAUAAUUGCUGUCGCCCUUUACUUUUUCAUUCGCCCAUUGCCGCUGCGUAUGUUGACUCCGGCUGCUGGUGAAAAUGUCUUGGUGGAUCCAUCGCAUGAUGGAUGGUUUCGUCGUUCAGUUAAUACUCUGCAGGUUUUAUUUGAGAUUUUCCGAAUUAUCAUGAACCAAGGAGGAAACAUUCCACUUAUGCGAAAUGCAGUUUAUUUCGUUUGGGGGUCAUGGUGUCUGGGGGCAAUGAUUCUCGGAUGUGCAUAUAACAGCCUGUUAACAUCUUAUAUCCUGGGAUCAAACGCCGAACAGCUUGUGAGUUCCCUCACUGACCUUGCGAGGAAAUCGAACGUUCAUCUAGUUGUCGACAAAGGAAGUGCGGUAGAAAGCGUCCUCUUGGCUGCAAAUGACGGACUCUUCAAACAGCUCGGCGACAAAUUGCGAACUCAACCGUUGUCUUAUUGUACCAAAAGGCAAGAUUGUAUUGAUCUUGUGAAAUCAGGAUCCUAUGCUUACCUACAGGGUUUGUUUAUAGUAGCCAACGCCGUCGAAGAAGAUUUCAGGGCUACGGGGAAAUGUAAUCUCGCUAUCGCUAAAGAAACUGAACCGAUCAGCGGUUCAGUAGGUUGGGCUCUACCAAAGAACAGUCCUUAUACUAAAAUCUUCUCCAAAGGAUUCAUGGAGUUACACCAAGCUGGGCUAAUCGAUUUUUGGACCCAAAGGGAACUUCAAAAGCGUAAACACAUCACCCACUGUGUAAACGAGGCCAAUAAAGUUCAGAUGCAAAAGGUAUCCGACAGUAAAACAAAAAUAACCUUGAAUAAUUUUUCGGGUGCGUUUUACAUAUUGCUCGUCGGUUACAUAAUUUCUUUCAUCUUCUUCGUUAGCGAAAAUGUUUAUUUAAGAAUCACCAAGCAUAAAAGAGGUCACCCUAGAAUUGCGCCAAAUAAAAUAGGGAGGGGGGUUGGUAAUCAAUCAAGUGCCAAUCAAGAGGCGGGAAACGUUCAUUAACCCGUGCCGAUAACAGACAGAUGGUCGGUCAUAGAAAUAGACUAAACGGUAUUAAAAAUUAAUUUGAUUGCUUUGUCAUUCAUGUUCAGAAACCUGAAAAUCAUGGCUGUCAUAUUAUUAAUAAAUUUCUAAAGAG